UGAGGCGCGCGCCGGGCAGCGGCCUGUCACUGAGCGGCGGCGGCGCGGAUGCAGGAGCAGCAACAGCAGCAGCAGCAGCGGCGGCAACAGCAACAGCAACUCCCCCUCCUCCUCCUCGGCCUGGGCGGGCGGAGAGACAGCGGCCUCCAGCCGGCUCUAAGGACAGCCCAUCCACCACUACACUCCUCCCGGGUCCCCGGCCUCUCCUCAACCCGCGGCCUCGGUCGGUCUUACCUCAACCCUCCCCUCCUCAUCCCGGCCUCUCCUCAGUCAACCCCCUCAUCCCGGCCCCGCCGCCAUGGCCGGGCUGUCGGUGUCGGUGUCGGCGGCGGCGGCGGCGGUGGUGGCGGUAACAGCGACAGCAGCCCACGGCGAGGCGGCCUUCAACCCCCAGGAGAAGGAGCUGGCGGAUCGCUUCAAGCGCCUCUACCCGGCCGUGGACGAGCGGGAGACGCCGCUACCCCGGUGCUGGAGCCCGAAGGACAAGUACAGCUACAUCGGCCUGUCUCAGAACAACCUGCGGGUCCACUACAAAGGUCAUGGCAAAACGCCAAAAGAUGCCGCUUCAGUCCGGGCAACUUUUCCCAUCCCUGCUGCCUGUGGUAUUUAUUACUUCGAGGCAAAGAUAGUCAGUAAAGGAAGAGAUGGGUACAUGGGCAUCGGACUCUCGGCUCAAGGUGUAAACAUGAACAGACUACCAGGCUGGGAUAAACAUUCGUAUGGAUAUCAUGGGGACGAUGGCCAUUCAUUCUGUUCCUCUGGGACAGGACAGCCCUACGGACCAACGUUUACAACUGGGGAUGUAAUCGGAUGCUGCGUAAACAUGAUCAAUAAUACCUGCUUCUACACAAAGAACGGGCACAGUUUAGGUAUUGCGUUUACAGAUCUACCGCCAAAUUUGUAUCCCACAGUCGGACUGCAAACGCCUGGGGAGGUGAUCGAUGCUAACUUUGGCCAGCAUCCGUUUGUCUUUGAUAUAGAAGACUACAUGCGGGAAUGGCGAACGAAAACUCAGACCCAGAUUGAAAGAUUCCCAGCAGGAGAUCGCGAAGGAGAAUGGCAAACGAUGAUUCAAAAAAUGGUUUCAACUUACUUAGUGCAUCACGGUUAUUGUGCCACAGCGGAAGCCUUCGCCAGAUCCACGGGGCAAGCUUUUCAAGAGGAGCUAGCAUCAAUUAAAAAUAGACAAAGAAUUCAGAAAUUAGUACUAGCUGGAAGAAUGGGAGAAGCAAUUGAAACAACGCAGCAACUAUAUCCAGGUCUUCUUGAGAGAAAAUCCAACCUCCUUUUCAUGUUAAAAGUCCGCCAGUUUAUAGAGAUGGUGAAUGGAACUGAUAGUGAAGUACGGUGUCUAGGAGGCCGAAGCCCAAAGUCUCAGGACAGCUACCCUGGUAGCCCGAGAGCAUUCAACAGCCCCGGCAUGAGUCCCAGCCACGGGAGCAAUAUCCACACCCUAGCGACAUGCAAAGGAAACGGAGCACAUAGUCACUUUACAGGUUAUGAAAAUAAUUGUAGCAACGGUAUAAUAUCCAAUAAAGGCCAUCAAUCCAGUAGUCACAGUAAGCAUCCAGUCUCGUGUUUAAGUACUCCAGAAUUGAACAGUAUAAAUGCUACAAGAUCCCAGCAAUCAAACAGUUGUAGCAAAGACAAUAACGACAUGGACAUGGAGACUGAGCACUAUACCAAUGGUGUGGAUGCGUCAUCAAAUGGUUUCCUUAACGGCAGCGUCAAACGCGUUCAUGAUAUGGAUGAAAAUGACGCAGAGAUGGAGAUAGACCUGACUCAGUCGCGACGCCAGCUUUGUGGAGGCAGCCAGGCCGCGAUCGAACGCAUGAUUCACUUUGGGCGGGAGCUGCAGACUGUCAGCGAGCAGCUGAGAAGAGAAUGUGGCAAGAACACCCUGAAUAAAAAAAUGCUGCAGGAUGCGUUUAGUUUGCUCGCUUAUUCCAAUCCAUGGAACAGCCCAGUAGGAUAUCAACUCGACGUGGUGCAGAGAGAACCAGUGUGCUCGGCGUUAAAUAGUGCUAUAUUAGAGUCCCACAACCUGCCAAAGCAGCCGCCGCUGGCCCUGGCGAUCGGCCAGGCUUCCAAGUGUCUAGAGUUGAUGGCCCGUCUGGGCAUCGGUUCCUGUGCGUUUGCCACGGCGGAAGAAUAUUUGCACUAGCUAGGUGUUUGCACAGCUCGGUCUCAGUCUAGAGCUGCCUUAACAUUUAGUGACCUUAUUACCCAGAGCCGCGUCCACUGAUGGAGGGGGGGAGGGAGGGGAGAAAAAAAAUGACACUUCGUUUCCAGUGAUCUUUUUUUUGGGGACAGAUUCUACAUUGUCACUCCACAUCUGCUUCCUACUUUACAGCAUGGGCCGGCUGUUUUCUAACCAAAACGCACAGUUCGUUGGCAUGUGUUUGCAUUUCUUUUUAUACCAAUGUCUGGACUAUUUGUGACAGUGUAGUCUGUAUAUCUGUUUUCAGUGGGACAUGACUGUGCUUCCAUUUAAAUCCCUCCUCACACACAUCAGUCACCCAUAUCUUCAUCUUAACUGUUCCCCGUUGAGGUUCCAGAUGAAAGGGAGAGAAAAAAACUAAACACAGGACAAAGUCACUAACGCAUCAAUAUUUGGGACGGUAACUAAUUGGCUAAAAAUACAGUUUAAAAAAAACAAACAAAAAAAGUGCUUUAAUUGAAGUGAGAAUGUGUGAAUAAAAGUAUUUAGUUACAGGUUAAAACCAAAAAAAAAAAAAAGUUUUUUUGUACUUUAUUAAGAUGUAACUUUUGUGAUAAACCAAAAUGUGAAAAUGUGGCUGUUGUGUGAGUGGAUCUUCAACACUGAGCAUGUCCAAUGCAAAAUGGAUUUAAAAAAUAAAAAGCAUUUCACAUCAAAACAAUUACAGGCUGGAGUAAUCUGACGGAUCUUUUUAAAGUACAAUUGGACGGAGAAGGGGGGGGUGAAGUUUGUCCCCUUUCUCACAAGAGUAUUGUAAAAGCCCAUUCCUCAGCUGCGAGACAACGUCAGUGAUAGUGAGCGGGAGAUGGCAACCUGCUGCCUCUGUGUUUCUAACCCUCCAGGUUGUCUUUUGUUCCCAGUCUUCACCUGUUUGCUUCGUCAUUCCCCCCCCCCCCCCCUGCUCUGCCCAGCCCACCAACCCCACCAGAACACCGUUCAAAAUGCAGAGAAACCCAUUCCAUGUCCAUCAUUUUAACCAUUGUAAAUUAACAGUGUUAAGUACCUAUCAACACAUUGUGUGGUAAUGACUUUAUUUAUAUUAAAACCAAAUACUUAGUCAAAUUCUGCAAUGUCUUAAUUUAAACUUUGUACACUCUGCAUUUUUAAGCAGUGCUUGAGUGAAUACUUUAUUGCAAUAAAACAAAUGUAUGAACCAUAAUUAAUCAGCUAUUAAAGAUUUAAAUCUA